GGGACUCUGGUGGGCUUGCUGCAGGGGCUUCCUGGUCCUCUGAGGCUGACAUUGAAGUUCAUUCUGUCAAACUCAGGAACGAUGAUUGGGAAGCAUGGAGAUCCAAGAAAAACAACUACAAAAUUAAUAUCCUAGAAGAACUCGGGAAGAAAAUGAGUGAUACUCCACCCAGAAUGGAAUUGUGUCCUUAUUGUAAGAAGCCGUUUAAACAAUUAAAAUCCCACUUGCAAUACUGUAAGAUGGCAGGACCAGCCACAUCUGCUGAUAGAAAGGCUUAUGAGUCCAACCCAGGUACACUCCCACGUGCUAAAAAAUUGAAAGGGCCAAUCAAAGAUUUAAUGAAAGCUAAACGGCUGGAGUUAGAGACAGAAAGUGAGAAAAGAAAUUCUAAAUUGAUAAUGGACAAACCAGAACAGACAGUUCAGUCCUUUCCACUACCAGCUGCUGGUUUGGAAAGAUCAGGUACUACAGAGGCAGAAAAAGACAUCAAGAAUCAAAUUCAGCUCUCCUCCAAAAUGUUAAAAAAGUCUGAAACAAAGACUACUUUCCAAGGAGAAACCAAGGGUCACUUUUAUUCACCAGAGAAUACCUCUCCUAAGAGAGAACUUGCCAGAGAUUUGCCUAAAUCAGUGGAAAGCAGAUGUAAUCCUUCAGAAACUGAAGCAUCUUUACUGGUUGGCUCAAUGGAACUUUCUUUGUCAAAUCAAGAAAGAAAAUAUUCCUCAGCCAUACCUAAUAGUGUACAAACCACUUCUGAUCUAAAAUUGGACAAAAUUAAUCCCCAAAGACAGGAGCUUCUAGUAAAAUUACUAGAUGUGCCUAUUGGUGACAAUUACGUUUCUCCAAAGAAUCUGAGUGAUGAAGUUAAAAGAGUAAGAACAUCGUUGUUGAACAACGAGAGAGAUUCCAAAGGCAAGAAUCACCUCUCAGGAACCUCUACUGAUGUUAAAGACACUGAGACUCAGGAAAAGGACAUAGAAUCACUAAUGUUAAGUCUUAAAAUUAGCUCAUUAGGUAACAUCCGUGUCAUGGAGAACCAAGAAAAAGGACUUAGCCUUGGAGUAGAGAUGUGUGGGAGGAAAGGAAAUGUAGAGAAAAGUGCCUCUGAGACAGAAAUGGAGAAGUGGACUGCCAUCAGCAGUGGCUCUGAGAAUUUCAAAACUGACGAUUCAGCCACAGAGAAGAAAUCUGAAGGUGGAGGACAUUUAAAUUUGUACAUUCCAAGGGAGACAUCUUACAAUGAAUUUUUUUCUGUGUCACAGGCAAGUAGUCAAAAAAGUCUUGCCUCUCUGGCUACACAAUUUAUUCAAGAAGAAAAAGCAGAAGCCAGUGUUCAUAAUCAAGUCCCUGCUAUAAAGGCCUUAAUGGAGAAUAAGGAGCAAGUUUCUCUGGAGCCCAAAUCUGGCUGUCAGUUUCACGAAUUGCACGUUGGAUAUCAACAACCUUUACAUUCAGCCCUGCAUCACACAUCUAAGGGCCCCUUCCUCAAUCAUGUUGCGACUGCUGAUAGAAAGAUACCCAGUUCCAUGGGGCUGGAGUGGUUUCCAGAGCUCUAUCCUGGUUAUCUUGGACUAGGGGUGUUGCCAGGGAAGCCUCAGUAUUGGCAUGAAGUGGCCCAGAAGCCACAGCUCACCAGUCCCCAGAGGGAAAGACUCUCACAAGUUCCUUUGUUGGAAAGAAGCUCGACUGAUAUAAGGAGUAUGGAAUUCCCGACCUGGCUUACAACCUCCAACUUCUCUCUAAGGAGGCUUUUGGAAGCUGUACACAAAGGCUGGCUGAGGUGCAACAACACCUUCAGGAAGAGCGGGGUCAGCAGCAUCACGAUGCUCUUCACGGGGUACUUCAUCCUGUGCUGCAGCUGGAGUUUCAGGCAUCUGAAGCUGCAACGCUGGCGGAAGUAGUGUUGGCCUGGAUGUCACUUGGAAAACUGUAAGAGGCGUGCGGUGAAGACAACUGCAGCACAUACCUAACAGUGUAAAGUUGUGUUAGGGAAAGGGAGUGAACAGAAUG